CUGACGUUACGUCGCAGCCUUGGUAAUGGCAAGUGACAGAGGGUGAGGAAGACCAGACGAAACUUUUUCAGCUACUAGUUGUUGUUGGUUGUUUUUAUGCUUGAUAACAACGGCAGUGUCAGAUUGUCUUACUUAUUCAGUCAAUUGCGUUUUUUGUCGUUUGAGUGAGAAUUGACCGUCUUCCGUGUUAGGCUAACUAACGUUAAAGUCGUGAACGGUGGUCGGUCGGUCACGAAGUAAGCUGAAAUACACCAGAAGUUUGUACGACUUCGAGUUAAAUACGUAGCGACGCCGAAGAAAAGAAGCUAUGACAAACAGAGAAGACGAAUAUGACUAUCUUUUUAAAGUGGUGCUGAUCGGAGAUUCGGGUGUAGGGAAGAGUAACCUGCUGUCCCGCUUCACCCGAAAUGAGUUCAACCUGGAGAGCAAGAGCACCAUUGGGGUGGAGUUUGCCACACGCAGCAUCCAGGUAGAAGGCAAGACCAUCAAGGCUCAGAUCUGGGACACCGCUGGACAGGAGCGAUACAGAGCUAUCACUUCUGCGUACUACCGUGGAGCAGUUGGAGCUCUCUUGGUUUAUGACAUUGCCAAGCACCUGACAUAUGAAAAUGCUGAGCGCUGGCUGAAGGAACUGCAGGACCACGCAGACAGCAACAUAGUCAUCAUGCUAGUGGGCAACAAAAGUGAUCUACGCCACCUAAGAGCGGUGCCAACAGAUGAGGCCAAGGCCCUUGCAGAGAAGCAUGGCUUGUCUUUCCUGGAGACAUCAGCGUUAGAUUCAUCUAAUGUGGAGCUGGCUUUCCAGACUAUUCUCACAGCCAUCUACAACAUCGUGUCACAGAGGCAGAUAUCAGGGCGAAGUGACUCAGACUUCUCACCAGCCUCCAACGUAGUGCCCAUCACGGUUGAGCCCACCCAAAACUCAGCCAAUAAGGGCGUCUGCUGCCAGACCAACUGAGACCUUACCACUGACCUCCUCCUUCACCUCCAGGCAAUGGGAGAAACAGAUAGAGAAACAGAGACAGACAGUUGGACAGGGAGAAUGGAGAGACAGGUAGUGAUGAUCAUUUCACACAAGGACACUUGUACUGGGUUUGUCUAUUGUCAGGAUAAGAAAACAGUCUGAAGAGGGGGACCAGUGAAGAAGGGAUAGUACAGAAGUUUAGACAGGGGGUGUGGUGUGGGAGGAUAAGUAUCAACGGAAAGGAAACGGAUGAGAUACCCAAUGCAUACCCAGUGCAUUAAGCUUUUGAAAGAGGUACAUGAUCCGAACUGAUUUACAGUCUCAUGAAAAAUUUAACACAUUAUGAGAUCCCUUUUUGUAUCUCAUCACGAUUUCUGUCUUUGAAAAUUCUCCUCCCUUUUUGAAAGUUCUAUUUACAAGCCAGUAAAUGCUUUCUCUCAGUUUUCCACAACCAGGAUAUUUGGCAAUAUAAAUCCACAUGCAAAAGGCUGAACUGCAACCCCUCUGUCGCCACUGUCAUUCCCAUUUUUCAAAUGUAUAAUAUUUAGAAAAUAAUGUUCCUUACAAUAUUUAUUGAACACUAGAUUAAGGACUUGUUUGACCAAAGGGUUUGCAAUUUAACACUAUUUGAUUUAGAUUUUCCACACUGAUCGCUUUGCAGUAAAUGGAGCUCUCUUGCUUUUUAUAUCUCUGUGUGAAGAGGUUUAUAAGGGCAACUACCCCUCACGAGGAACAAAUGCUUAAAGCCAUUUUUCCUAAAUGCACAUGCUGGAAUUUAUUCGAAGUUGGUUGGUUCAAGUUGUGUUCCACCGGGCCAAUAACAUCUCUCCCUACCAGUGACAUGCAAUGUAUUUUUGAUUGCUUUUGAUCUUUGUUUGGAAUGCUUUCCUUCUCUGUGCACACUUUGUACUCUACAGAUGAGUCAUGCUCUUGCAGCUUCCCCAUCUCACUUAGAGUUAACACUGUGCAAAGCUUGCAUCACUAGUGAAUGGGUUAAGAUAAGUGAGAUGGCAGUAUUGGCUCUUAUGACUGUUUCACCCCUGCCCUGAACCUUCAGUAGUGGGUGAGAUUUGGGAAUUGGUUUAAAUGCAUGGACAACCCUGUGCUGCUGCUUCUGCUCGCUGGGAUAGAUGGAUGGAUAGAUGGAUGGAUAAUGUUUCAGGGGAUGAGGUAGUGAGGGCACUCAGCCCUCCCCUGCUCCUGUGGUCUCUGAUGUACCCGAGAUGGCUUGUUUUACUGUAAGUGAAAUCCUCCACUGCCUGCUACCUACUCCUCUCUGUCUCUCUCUACACUGUAUGUAACUGGAACAGGACUCUGCCUUCUGGGAUCUCCCUGAGCUCUGCCCUCACUCUCACUUUCUGUAUUUCCUGUGGAGGGGGCGGGGGUUGUAUUUAGGAGCCAGGAUUGGGUUUGUUAGUAUCUAAUAGUUUAAUAGAUGAGAAAAGAUGGUAGUCUUAGGAGGGGUUUAAUUAAAUCCAAAGGUUAUGCACACAGAUGGUGUUUAUCCUGGUUAUGCGUUUCCACAUCAACACAAACUUUUGUUGACUUCACAGGUCUUAAACUGGGUGGUGUAGGUUAGGGCUUUUUAAACAUUUAUUCUAAUAUAUGUAUAUUUGGACUGCAUAUGUAUAAAUAAAUCUCAUUUGUUAUAGCCUG